UUUCUAUCUUGUGUCUUUCAGACAGGGUCUGGCCAUGUAGCCCAGGCUGCUUGAACUCCCAGCGAUCCUCCUGCCUCAGCCUCCCAAGUGCUGGAACGAGAGGCAUGGAUGGGCCAGCACGCCCUGUGGGUCCUACGGGUGCUCAGCGGCUGGCUCAGGGCUGGCUAAUCUGCCAAGGCCACUAAGACUGUGCCAAGGACAUCAGUUCUUUUGUCUCCACAGCUGAAGGGCAAAGCAGGGAUGAGGCCUCUGCCUCCUGAGGCACUGGGCUGAGGGCGACAAAAGUGCUGGAGCCACACAUGCCUGGGACAAGGGCCCAGCUCUGUCACCUGGGAGCAAUAGUGGGGGACAUGGGGCCAGAAAUUGAUUCUGCUGAGCAGUCGGCCCCUUGUGUGGAUCUAGCCACUCAUUGAUAUUCAGCUGCUCAUUAAUAUUUGACCACUAGUUAAUAUUCAAUGGAUAAUUAAUAUUCAACCACUCAUUGAUGUUCCUUGCUCUGUGUGGCCAGUGGCUCAUGAAUAUUCAGAGCCUCUGGGCUGUUUAGUGGCUUAUUAGUAUUCAGUCAUGUGUCCGCCCUCAGCCUCCAGAGAUCCAGAAUCUGCGUAUUUAACCCACCUCAGACUGAAAAUAUUGGUGGCCUGGUGGGUUGCGCACCCCUAAUCCUAGCAUUCAGGAGGCAGAGGCAGGAAGACCACUGUGAAUUCGAGGCCAAUUCAGGCAACAUAAUGACACCCUAUCUCAAAACAAAACAACGGAACAAAAAGGAAAUGUUGGAAAAAAUCGCAUCCGUACUGAAUAUGCAGUCCUUAGUCUCUAAAGCAGUGGGGGCAAACCUGUGGCACAUGUGCUGCAGCGGGCUGUGUGUUAUUAAUUAUAGAAACCCUAAAAGGUUCCCCAUCACUGCUCUAACCCAUCUAGCAGGACAGCUAUUCACAAAGCACCGUGUCUCGUGGUGUUGCAUGGUGUCCUGGAGGAUUGAUCAACCUCCUAUGGAUCCUUCAAAACCUCAGCUUCGAUAUCCCACUCUUUCCCGCUGGCCCAGCUCUAACCCCACAAGGGGGGCCCUGUCCAGGGUUCAGGCAUCAAAACUCCCACAGAAGCAUUCAGCGUAUGCUUGAAUGAAUCCAUGGGUGAAUGAUUUUCACAUGUGCAGGCAGGGGGCCAUCUGGAAAAAGCACUGAGUCUCCCCAGGCUGGGCCAGAAGCACUGUGUCACACAGGUCCAGAUGUGGCCAGCUCUGAAGCUGUUUCCUGCUUGAGGUUUUCAUGCUUCAUGACUUUGGGGGGGCGCCCUGGAGAGUGGGAUACAGGGCGUGGGUCUCAGUUGCUCUGGGAUACCAGGAGGAGGGGAGACUCUGCCUGCCACCAACUCCUAUGUGAACUAUGCAAACCCUCCUGAGAGCUGACUGUCACAUGCUGCUGAAUGAAUGAGUGACCUUCAUAGACGUGGCUGGAUAGGAGUGGCUAGGAUGGAGUCUGGUUGUUGGACUUAGAAUCCUUACAUUAAGCAAAACCAGAGCUCAGAGAAGAAAAACAGGCCACUGAUGAAGAAUGCUUCAUAUGUAAAGAGUUUUUACAAAAACUAAGAAAAUGCAAACAAAGGAACAAGCCUUGAUGAGAUUCACUGAAGCCAAAUCGUCACCCCAAGCGGUUCUGUUUCACCCUGAAACUCCAAUUCCAUGAACAGAAGCCUUUGGGUAGUUUGACCCCCUCUUGCUCCAAUCCCCCUUUUCAGUGACCAGGUGCUGUUGGGAAGACUGAGGAAACUCCAAGCCAGCACUUACAUCCCAAGACUGCCUGAGGGGCCAUCAAGGGAUCCGGCCACCAGGAUGCGCUGGCCCCGGGCACGGCGGCCUGACCUGGCGCUGGCCCUGGGCGCUGUCACCUCCCUCGUGCUCCUCAGCCUACACGCGGGCCCCCUGUCCUCCCUGGGGAUAUACAGGCGGCGGGACAUCCCCGAGACCCCCGAGACCCCGGGAACCCCAGCUCAGCCCCCCACGCGCCCCCCGCCCGCCCCGUGUCUCCCCAACACCUCGCUGGCCGCGCACCCAGACUUCGCGGGGCAGCCCCCACACGUGCGUGACUUCCUGCUCUACCGACACUGCCGCGACUUCCGGCUGCUGCAGGACCCGCCCCCCGCCAAGUGCGCGCCGCCCGUGUUCCUGCUGCUCGCCAUCAAGUCCUCGCCCGCCAACUACGAGCGCAGGGACAUCGUGCGGCGCACGUGGGGCCAAGAGCGGCAGGUGCAGGGGGCGACCCUGCGGCGCCUCUUCCUGGUGGGCACCUCUGCCAACCCACACGAGGCCACCAAGGUCAACCGGCUGCUGGCACUGGAGGCGCGGGAGUACGGCGACAUCCUGCAGUGGGAUUUCCACGACACCUUCUUCAACCUCACGCUGAAGCAGGUGCUGUUCCUGGAGUGGCAGAAGACCCGGUGCCCCGACGCCAGCUUCGUGCUCAACGGGGACGAUGACGUCUUCGCGCACACGGACAACAUGGUCGCCUUCCUGCUUGGCCUGGACCCCGAGCACCACCUGUUCGCGGGACACCUGAUCCAGGGCGUGGGCCCCAUCCGUGUGCCGUGGAGCAAGUACUUCGUGCCGCGCCUGGUGACCGAGGACGAGCAGUACCCGCCCUACUGUGGGGGCGGGGGCUUCCUGCUGUCGCGCUUCACGGCCCGCGCCCUACAGCGCGCGGCGUCCGCCCUGGACCUCUUCCCCAUCGACGACGUCUUCCUGGGCCGCUGCCUGCACCACCAGGGCCUGCGCCCCGCCUCGCACAGCGGGGUGCGCACGGCCGGCGUGCAUGCGCCCUCGGCCGCCCUGUCCUCCUUCGACCCCUGCUUCUACCGCGAGCUGCUGCUGGUUCACCGCUUCCUGCCCUAUGAGAUGCUGCUCAUGUGGGAUGCGCUCAGCAGGCCGGACCUGGCCUGCGGGCGCCAGAAGCAGGUCUACUGAGGCAGCACUGUUCGCCUGCUAAGGGACACCUUCCUCCCAGGAAGCCGAGACCUUGGCCUUGAUGGGUGAGCUGAGCAGCGGGUGUGCCAGGGAGAGUGGGACGUGUGAGUCCGCCGCUGGUCAACUCCUAUGCAUCCUUCAAAACCCCCUUGGUACUGCCCAUCCCAUGCUCCCUAGACUGUAGGCUGCAGGGACCUCCGAAAAUAUCACCAACUCCUUUCCGAGGCGGGGAAGACACGAAGGACCCUCUGCUAGGACUUGUCUGGGGUGGAUCCAGCCGGCUCGGAGGACCGCACCACCACCCAGUGCUGAGCUCGACUCAGAUGGGAUGCUAAACUGCACUUGGGAAGCCAGGCUGAGUCACCUCCGAAUUUCAAGGCCAACCAGGACCUCUGCGUUCACAGGAGGCUGAAGUGAGGAGCAUUUGGAGCCAGGAAAGCGGGGUCCUGAGCCCUCCGGAGGCGGGGGCUGGGGUGCAGCACCCGUCCCUGGCUGCGGGACAGAGGGUUCCGGUGGCAAGCGGGGGCCAGAAGUGGGCGCUGUGGAGAACGGGGUGCUCAGGGGCCCUCGGGACACCAGGAAAGAGCGGGAGCAGGGGGUCCCCAGCAGCCCCACCCACACGGACCUGGGGUCAAGCAAGCGGUGACCCCUGCCCUGGAGUCAGUAGGUUGGGGGUGCGAUGGGAAUAAAACAGUUUGUGCAA